AUGAUAACGAAGAGAAAAGACGCUUACACUCUCAAUAGAAUAGAGCAAGGUUCAAGCUCCAAUAACAUGAGUGAUCAAUGGUAUGAUCCUCGAUUGAAUGCUCUUUUCAUUGAGGAAGCUCAUCUUGUGGGCAUCGACAUGCCGAGGAGGCAAUUGAUCAGAUGGUUAAUGAAUGGAGAUUCGAGACUCUCGACGAUUUCGGUGGUUGUGCAUCUACUCAGAAACAUGAUAAAGCAAUUCUCCGAGGCAAAGAAAGAACAGUCUCCUGAAGGAGUAGAUGCGAUGACACAGAAUUUCAUAAGCAAUGCAUUGCCCACUAGUGAAUAUGGUAGCUGGGUAAUGAUCACCACACGCAAAGGUGACGUUGCAUCAUCUUCUUGCAUUGGACCUUCCAAUCACAUCUACAACCUUCAGCCUCUGCAUCCAGAAAAUGCCUGGUCCCUCUUUUGCAGGCAGGCAUUCCAAUCAAAUGAGGAGAACAGUUGUCCUCAGGAAUUGGAGAAGCUUUCUCGAAGUUCCGUAAAAAAAUGUCAAGGACUACCUCUUGCAAUUGUCACAUUAGGUAGUCUUUUGUCAGUGAAGGGAAAGACAUAUGUUGAGUGGGAGAUGAUUCACCGUAGCCUUGGAUCAGAGCUUGAAAGCGAUGACAAUCUUAGAAGCAUGACAAAAAUAUUAUUACUCAGUUUCAAUGACUUGCCUUACUACCUGAAAUCAUGCUUCUUGUAUUUGAGUAUUUUUCCAGAAGAUUAUGCCAUUAAGCGUAUGAAACUAAUUCGGCUAUGGAUAGCUGAGGGUUUUGUCGAAAGAAAUGAAGGCAGGUCAAUGGAAGAGGUUGCUGAAGGCUACCUCAAUGUGCUCAUCACUAGAAAUGUUGCUCUAGUGACAGAACGGAAAUCUUAUGGCAAGGUAAUCACUUGUCAAAUCCACGAUCUUGUGCGGGAGACGAUUAUUCCAAAAUUCAGGGAGGAGCACUUCUUUGCAUCUUCUGUUGAAGAGAACAUGAACAGAAUCCGGCAUCUGUCGAUUUGCAACGAUGGUGAGAAUUUUCCAAAAUUUGAUACCUUCACCCGUCUUCACUCUGUUCAUUUUUGGGGUGGAUGGGCUAUUCAAAACUCCUGCAAUCACAUCGUUUGCUAG